AUGGCCACCACUGCCACGCCCCAGAACCCCGUCCUGAGGAGGAACGUCACCGCCACCUCGACCGUCUCCUCGUCCGCUCCCUCGGUGGCCGUCUCCCCCAACGACUCGCCCGCCCAAUCGCCCUCGUCGACCUCGCUGUCGUCCAUGGGCUCGGUUGAGCCCGAGGUCAAGAAUGCCCGCGGCAAGCUCAUCGACACGUACGGCAACGAAUUCGAGAUCCCCGACUACACCAUCAAGCAGAUCUACGACGCCAUCCCCAAGCACUGCUUCGAGCGCUCCGCCAUCCGCUCGCUGAGCUAUGUUGCCCGGGAUCUCACCGUCCUUAGCUCUGUCUUCUACGUCUUCUACAACUAUGUCACUCCCGAGUACAUUGCCUCGACGCCGGUCCGUGCCGUCCUCUGGGCGCUGUACACCGUGGUCCAGGGUCUGUUCGGUACGGGCAUCUGGGUUUUGGCUCACGAGUGCGGUCACCAGGCCUUCUCUCCCUCCAAGACGCUGAACGACACCGUCGGCUGGAUCUGCCACUCGGCUCUCCUCGUCCCGUACUUCUCCUGGAAGAUCUCCCACGGCAAGCACCACAAGGCCACCGGCCACCUCACCAGAGACAUGGUUUUCGUCCCCAAGACACGUGAGGAGUACGCUUCCCGCAUUGGGAGGUUCGUCCACGAGCUCCACGAGCUGACCGAGGAGACUCCCAUCGCCACUGCCACUCACAUGAUCGGCCAGCAGCUUGCCGGCUGGUUGCUGUACCUUUCCAUCAACGUCACCGGCCACAACCAGCACGAGAAGCAGAAGGAGGGCAAGGGCGUCGGCAAGAAGAACGGCUGGUUCGGCGGCGUCAACCACUUCAUGCCCAGCAGCCCUCUGUACGAGAAGAAGGACGAGAAGCUCAUCCUCCUGAGCGACCUCGGUCUCGCCAUCACUGGCUACGUUCUCUACCAGCUUGGCUCCAAGUUCGGUUGGGCCAACCUCUUCGUCUGGUACGGUCUUCCGUACCUCUGGGUCAACCACUGGCUGGUCGCCAUCACCUACCUUCAGCACACCGACCCUUCGCUUCCCCACUACGAUGCCGCCACCUGGACCUUCACCCGCGGUGCCGCCGCCACCAUUGACCGCGAGUUUGGCUUCAUCGGCCGCCACAUCUUGCACGGCAUCAUCGAGACCCACGUGCUCCACCACUACGUGUCCACCAUCCCCUUCUACAACGCCGACGAGGCCAGCGAGGCCAUCAAGCCUGUGAUGGGCAAGCACUACCGCGCCGACGUCAAGGGCGGUCCCGUCGGUUUCCUGAAGGCCAUGUGGAGCAGCGCCCGCUGGUGCCAGUGGGUUGAGCCCAGCGCUGAGGCGCAGGGCGAGGGCAAGGGCGUUCUCUUCUUCCGCAACAGGAACGGUCUUGGUGUCCCUCCGGUUGCCAUCCCGGCGCCGGGCGCCAAGCAGGAGGGCAUGAUCGUCGGUGCCGAGAGCGACAACGACGCAUGA